GCCAAAUAAACAUGCCAAUUCUGUCAAACUAAUAAGCAUUUGCUACUAACCAUUGCUCCGUAACGGCAAAAGAUGUCGUGACGAGCGAAUCCGGUAUAGCGUAAACAGGGCCUAUAGUUUCCAAACUUCAUAUUAUAAAUUGCUCGUUUGUAACAUUUAGGAAUUCUACCAACGGAAUUUAUAAUUUAAAGUCAAUCAGUACAGGCAAAUACUACGAUGUAUACUGUCACAUGAACGACAUUGGAACAUGUGGAGGGGGAGGCUGGACACUAGUGAUGAAAUUGGACGGGAAUAAGGUAAAGAAGGGAUUACAGGGAUUGGUAUUCAGUGACAAAAAUAUAAUGAAUAGUUGUUAACACUUAACACGGCAACAAUAACACUACAAAAAUGGUUACAUACAGUCAUUUCAAGUGUAGAAGUGAAAACGUGGGUAAAAAAAUAAAUAUUACGAAUUGAAAACAAGAGUGAUUUUAACUUAAUAUUAUCUUUUGAUAAAUGCUCAAUGAUCGAUGCGGUGCCUGUUUACCCAUGGUGACUAACAUAUAUAAAAAUUAUAAAAAAUGCCAUGUCGCAACAUAUAUACGGCUGCAGAAGGCAUGUUAUUGUCGAAAUGGUAUAAAAAAUUCGGCAUGGCUUUUUAUGACAUUCGGCAGUUUUGUUCAUAAUUUGUCUUAAAUCCGUCUGACCGUGUAGCUCAGUUGGUAUAGAGCGUCGAUCUAGUAAUUCGAAGGUCGCGCUGGGUAUGGAAAUUAUGAAAUACACACUCGAGAACAUUUUCAAUAUAUAUAUAUAUAUAUAUAUAUAUAUAUAUAUAUAUAUAUAUAUAUAUAUAUAUAUAUAUAUAUAUAUAUAUAUAUAUAUCGGGUGUCCCAAAAAAAAUACUCCGGUUUGAUUUAUAAUAACUUCUAAAGAAGUAAAGCUAUCAAACAGAAAUAACUUGCAUUAAAUAGAGGAAGGACUGACUUAGAUUUUUGAUAUAUUACAGUUGUAUUUUACUUAACAAUUCGCGGAGAUAUUAAUGUUCAAAAUAGGGAGCAUAUUUUGGGAUGUGUCUAAAAUUAGCGAAAAUCAGCAUAUAUAUCAAAUAUUAACUCCAGCGUUUGUUUGCUUAAUGACAUAUCAGGCUACCUGUAUUUCAGCAAAUUGUCGUUAAAUUAGGGUUUGUAAGGGGUAUGGCAUAGAUUUAGACAUCUUAACAUGCAUGCAUGUAAGUCUUAGCUCAUUGUUUUCUAAAAUAUGAACGUUCGAAAUUAUGCAAGUAUUUAAUAGGUCUUUACAAACUUAAAGGUACAUGAAAGACCAUGCAAGACAGGCGCAUAAAUUUUUCUUAAAUAGCCUAAUUUUUUAUGUUUUUCAUGGGUUCAAAACAGAGUUGAUUAUUUCUUGGUUAGAGCAGAAUGAAUAUUAUUCUUUAAUGAAGGAAAUAAUAUAGCUUUUUGCAAAUACACAUCUCAGUAUCAAUAACGCUACUAUUUUGUUACGUUUUGUUCCAAAAAUGUUGGAUGUCUCUGGGGAGUUGCUUGUUAUGUCUUAUGGAGUUGUAUGGUUUGAUUGUGUUUCAUUCUCAGUUUAUUAUGAACUUAACAAGAUUAAGAAAAGGUAAAAGAGUUUGGGUGUUCUUAACAAGAUUUCAGAACGUUACAGAAGUUAGAAGAGCUUCACAAUUUAAUGUGACAGCAUGCCCUAAUUCCGAAUAACACACGUUGUCUUUGGAAGACUAUUCGAUCAUGCAUCCCUAACAAAUCAACAUGUCAAAGAUCGUUUACUAUAAAGGAUGAUAUUUUAGUUGCAAACGAGUUUAACACUUUCUUUUCUUCUAUUGGACAAACAACUAUAGAGAAAAUCAAGUCGCUUGCGGAUGAAUGUAAAUAUGACCUAACGAAAUCGGUUUUUAUACCUCGGACAUACGCUGAAUCUGAACAAUUCGUUUUUCAGACGGUUGAAUGUAAACAAGUUCAUGAUAUUAUAAACUCCAUGCCCACAAAUAAGUCUCCUGGGAUUGAUAAGAUUCCAAUGCGAGUUAUCAAAGACAGUCUGCCAACAGGUGGGAAAUUUGUCUGAGCAUGCGCGAGCAAAAUGAGUCACGCAAUUGAGUGGAAUACACGCAACGCGUGUUUACAAAAAGGCAAAAAAGUGUAAAUAUUGCCAAAUGUUUGUACAAAAUAAAUGACUGUUUUAUGUUGAAAAUGGACAUGAUAUAAAUUAAUCAUACAUAAUUUUUUGGUGACGUUCUAUUUCAGUACCCUGCCAUUGUCUCUGGUGGGCUGUCUGUGUGCAUUCGAUCUGAAACAGUUGCUACUUUGCUGUCGAAAAAUUUCGAAUGUUUACAUGGAGGCAAGUAAUGCAUUUUACAACCUCGUAAACUGUAUGAGCCCCUAUUUUUACGCUUAUACCUAAGAUAUCAAAUGAAAAUACAUGAAACAGAGAACAUUUUUAGAAAGUUUUAUUGUGAGGCCACGGCCAGUUUUUAAAAUAUCUUUAUUUCUGUCCCGGUCAUCACCAAAAUUACACUAAAGCCGGGCUUGAAUAUACAACAAAUUUUGAAUCUCAUCAAGUACAAAAAUAUUUAACGUGUAACCAAAAUAUGCUCAUGAAAUCGAAAUUAAUAGCUAAAUUUUCAAACUAGACCCUUCUCGAGCCGGUUUUCAUGAAGGAAGUUCACAUUUCGGCCUUUGAUUCUCGGCAAAAAUUUGACCACAACACGUGCGAAGCAAAUGGGUCUCAAAGACUCAGCUAAAACAUUGCGAGCCCCUAUUUUCCUGACGAUAUGUUUGAUCAUGGGCGUACCGGAAGGAAAAAAUUAGGGGGGCGGAAAGAAAUUUGCCAGACUUUUCGCGAUUGUUCCCCACUAGUACCUAAAAAAAUUUUUCCGGAAAAAUUAUUUCGGCGAAAUAUAUAUAUAUAUAUAUAUAUAUAUAUAUAUAUAUAUAUAUAUAUAUAUAUAUAUAUAUAUAUAUAUAUAUAUAUAUAUAUAUAUAUAUAUAUAUAUAUAUACUAUAUAUAUAUAUAUAUAUAUAUAUAUAUAUAUAUAUAUAUAUAUAUAUAUAUAUAUAUAUAUAUAUAUAUAUAUAUAUAUAUAUAUAUAUGGUGACAACAAAUCAGUUUUAAAUUUUUUAUGUUACUUGUGAAACAGAAAAACUACUAGACAUUUAUGAGUAGUUUCAUCGAGAUAUUCGAGUAGUUUCAAUCCUAAAAUUGGAUUGUUCUAAACAAGUACUUCAUUUGUUUUUGCCUUAAUUAGAACACAUUUACUUAUGACUCAGCCCUUUGGAAAAACGAGAGGACAUACGCCAAACAAGAUGGACUGGAAGGAAUAUCAGAAAAGGAAAGCAAGUUGGCUUCAUAUUGCAACACUCCGUUUACAAAAAUUUGCCUGGGUAUGUCACGCAAUGGAGAGAGAAAAUGGAUGACAUUGAACUACGCCGCAAGUUCGCUGUACAGCGUGAUCGCAGAUGGACAAUUCAGAGCCACGACCGCUGGCAGGGCUACAUGGAAAUCCCUCAUCGCAGGAUCAUCAUUACAAUACCAAUGCAACAGAGAGGGAUUUAAUGUGAAGUUCAAUGGCAAUUCCGCCAUGCGAAUUGGAAUCGUUGCUAAUAAUGAGGUCAACUGUGGUACAUGCGAUUCAUGGCUUGGCUUUAGCACAGCAUAUGUUAAUGAUGGCGGUGCAUGGACCAAUAGAAUGGUUUGCGGUAACAAAGCGGGCUGCUGUAGUCCCGAUAACGGAAGUAAAACAUUGGUCUCAUUCGGAUAUAUUCUUGUUCAAUAAUUUGUUUACAAUCAACGACAUCUUGGUUUCCUUGAUAGGUUUACUUUGAGAGCGCACAUUUUUCCUGUUCAGAAGAAAAUGCUACAAGUAUGCACCGGUUAUACAUCUUAUGAACCUGUUUAAAUGCAUGUAAUACAAUGUCUAUAGAGCUGGCUUGUAAUGAAUUUUUCUUUUAGGGCUAUACAGUUGGCCUUAGGCUUAUAGAUAUGUAAUGUCGUCGAGAUGAGUUAUGUAUAAAAUAAAG